GUGUCGACUCGCAAGCGUGUGAGUCAGACAGCCUUGUAUCUCUCCGAAUUCAUCUAUGUAUUCAAAUAUAUAAACGGAAUUUUACCAAAAUACUCUCCGAUGUGGAUGGAGAGGUCAUAGCGGUACUGUGUGUGCAAAAGGGGACAUGUGGAGAGAUUAAGAAGUACAUUCCAAACGAUUUUCGUGCAGGCACCUUGCUGGAUUUCGUGGGUUGGUUAUGGCGGUGGUCGGGCAAAGACACGCUCGACACAUUAUAAUGCCCCCUCCCAAUUUACCUCCCCACUCCCAACAUGCUAUCCUGACGGCUGCUGUGGCGGUACCCUAUUACCAGGUUGUGCCCCCACAAGAUGUCCAGCCGGACAGACCCAUAGGAUACGGUGCAUUUGGAGUUGUCUGGUCAGUAACGGACCCACGAGAUGGAAAGAGGGUGGCGCUGAAGAAAAUGCCUUGCGUCUUCCAGAACCUGGUGUCCUGCAAACGGGUUUACAGGGAGCUGAAAAUGCUGUGUCACUUCAAACACGACAACGUAUUAUCAGCUCUCGACAUCUUGCAGCCGCCAAACAUCGACUUUUUCCAAGAAGUUUAUGUUCUAACAGAGCUAAUGCAGAGUGACCUGCACAAGAUCAUUGUUUCUCCACAACCCCUCACUUCCGACCAUGUCAAAGUCUUUCUCUACCAAAUACUCAGAGGCUUAAAAUACCUCCAUUCCGCCAGAGUUUUACAUCGUGAUAUCAAACCAGGAAACCUACUAGUCAACAGCAACUGUGUACUAAAGAUCUGUGAUUUUGGAUUGGCGCGGAUUGAGGAGCCGGACGAGUGUAUCCACAUGACCCAGGAGGUGGUGACCCAGUACUAUCGGGCCCCGGAGAUCCUCAUGGGGGCCAAGCAUUACGGGUCCGGUGUCGACAUCUGGUCCGUCGGCUGUAUAUUUGCAGAGCUGCUAGGACGACGGAUUCUCUUCCAAGCACAAAGCCCUAUACAACAGUUGGAACUCAUCACAGACUUGCUCGGCACACCCUCUGUCGACGACAUGAGGACGGCAUGCGAUGGCGCGAGGGCACAUUUACGGAGACAGCCCCAUAAACCGCCCUCACUGGCCGCCCUCUACACCCUGUCUAGCCAGGCCACACACGAAGCAGUACACCUCCUGUGUCGUAUGUUAGUCUUCAACCCUAAAAAACGAAUCACGGCGGCGGACGCCCUUGCUCACCCGUACCUAGAUGAGGGACGCCUACGUUAUCACUCAUGUAUGUGUAAAUGUUGUCUAAACACCAACUCCUCAGGGCGCCAGUAUACCUCAGACUUCGAACCAGUCUGUCACCAGCCGUUCAGCUACACGUUCGAGGAAGGACUAACGUCCGUUAGAGUAGUCAAAGAAAAAUUACACAAGUUCAUUCUAGAACAGCAGCAAGGCAAUUCGGUGCCACUAUGUCUCAACCCAAACUCCAUAUCAUACAAAAGCUUUGCAAGGGAUCCACUUUCUGACCGAGACAACGUGAAGAGGGGCCACUGACCUGUAAAAUUCACAAGUGGCACAGCCAUCAGAACUCCCACCUUCUCCUCACGCCUGGGACUAGCCUCAGCCUCCUCAUCUGUAUCAUCUUCAUCAUCAUCAUCAUCACUUCAGCCAGGACCAAAGUAUGAAUGAUUCAUUCUACCCAUUGUUGGAUGUACAAAUGUGUUGGUUGACCUGGAGCUCAACACUUCAGCCAAUGAACUCCACUCAUCCACAUCUCAGUUAGAUAGUUAGAUUAUAAAGAUUUUGGUGCUCACAGAUUAUAAAACUUGUGUGUAUAAAUAUUGUUGUAUAAUAAUUGGACGAAAUGUCAGUUUUGUCUUAAGCUGUAAUAACACUGUUUGACAGUGAAAACAUUCAUACUGUAUAACAGUUCUGUGUCGUUUAAACUCCGGAUUGAUAUGUGAUGGUAGGUUUCACCUAGUUACCACUGAAACCGUCAAAAUGUUCCACUUCUUCCAAAAAAUUAAAAGAUUGAGAGAAAUCUUAAUUCAUUCAUUAGAAUCAUUGGCAAAAAAUGUACACCCAGGGUGUUUCUUCCAGUUAGAAUCUUUAAAAGAAAAUUGUGGAAAAAUAACAGUACUGUCAAACAAAUGCUCAAUAUUUUGCAACGAAUAUUGAUCUGUACAGCUCUGUUAGAACACAUCUUUAUAGAACGAAGUACCGGGUAGUUAAGUAUACAUAACAUGUCGCACCUGUCCAUAUACAAUCUUCUGAUUGUUUAUAUUUUUCAAAAACAAAAGAUUAUCACCCCAUAUUAUAUCUGGGGUUAUCUCCCUUUGUCAAUUUCAAGUACAACCUACCGUCACAUAGCUACCUGGUGAAAGAUCUCAACCCAGUCAGGCUUCAACUCUUAUACGGGCACAAUUUUCUGCUUUCAUGAAGUUACUAAAAAGUUCAUGAAACUUUUGUUUCUAAAAAUAUUCUGUUCUGAAAAAUUCAAGAAAACUUGAUGAUUUUAUCUCAACAAUUGACUUUUAUUUUUGUUGGAAGCUAUUAACAAAAAGUAGAAGGUUAAGUUUCAAUUAUUUAAAACGUGACCAGUUUAGGGAAAAACCUAGAGUGGUGGGCCAUUUUUAGCAAUUUUCAGUAAAUAUCAAAAUUAAGAAGGGCCAUUCUAUGUUAAAUUGGGGGGGAAAAAAAUCGAACAUGGUGGGGUCAAUUUCAGUUUUGAGGGGUCAAGGGCCCUGCCAGCCUUCUCUAUGUACCCCCUAGCUGAGUAGAAGUCGGACUGGAUUUUAUUUAUCGUAUUAAUUAGGGUGACUCACAUAUCAGUGGAGAAAUCUCCACCAGUUUGUAAUGUAUGGUUAGAGAUUUGUCUCCCCUUGUUCUAGUGUAGAGUGGGGGAUUGUCUCCCCUUGUGCCAGUGUAGAGCGGGGGAUUGUCUCCCCUUAUGCUAGUGAUGAGCGGGGGGGAUUGUCUCCCCUUGUUCUAGUGUAGAGCGGGGGAUAGUCUCUCCUUGUUCUAGUGUAGAGCGGGGGAUUGUCUCCCCUUGUUCUAGUGUAGAGCAGGGGAAAGUCUCUCCUUGUUCUAGUGUAGAGCGGGGGGAAUGUCGUCCCUUGUUCUAGUGUAGAGCGGGGGAAUGUCGUCCCUUGUUCUAGUGUAGAGCGGGGGAUAGUCUCUCCUUGUUCUAGUGUAGAGCGGGGGAUUGUCUCCCCUUGUUCUAGUGUAGAGCGGGGGAUUGUCUCCCCUUGUUCUAGUGAUAAGCGGGGGGAUUGUCUCCCCUUGUUCUAGUGUAGAGCGGGUGAUGGACCACGUACGAAGAUCUGUGGAGUAUGUGUUAAGUGCAUUCAACAGCCGUUUGUUCCUUACAAUGAAUGAGCCAUACCUCGGUGCCAGGCGAUGGUAUGUAACUCAGCAGAGACUCAUCCUGUGAAUGAAUGAAUAUUUCCAAUUAUUACGACAUGAAGAAGGACUGACUCAGCGCGUCUGGAGAUGUGUCGUUGGUGGGAUUGUGCCAGUAACUUGUAUAAACCCAUGUUUUGUAAAAUCAUACAGACUUUUUGAAUGUCGUCUGUCUUGUAUUUCGGCAGAUGAGGAAAGUUUUUUUCGCCAGAUGUGUGUGGAGUCGACGGGGAUUAUUUAUAUACAGAAUUUGUCAAGAUACACAUUUCCCAGUUCAAAGCUCUGAAAUGUUUAUGGCAGAAUAUUGUGAAAAGUGUGAUGUAAAUUAUGGACUGUAGUCAGAGGCCACUUGCCUGUUGACAAGAUAGGUUGUGUGUUAGUUGGAGUUGCUAAAUGUUUCAGCUGCUUUGUACAAAUGGAAACCUCGGUCGAUGUCAUUGCGUGUGAGCUCUAUGCGACUCGGUACCAGUGUAGCCUCCUCGUAAGAUAUUUGUGGUGAUCGGCAUGGUGACAUCAUUGGUGUGUAGCAGAGGUCAGGAAUCUCAUCACAAUGGUUUGUCCUAGUCAGCCAUUUUUACUUUCCCCGUGUUUGCUGCAAAUGGUGAAUUCUUACCAAGAUCUCGCUAGAUCAAAAUAUAUAUAGGUCCAAGAUUUUUUUUUUUUUUUAUGUUUUACUCUUAGCAACUUUUUAAUUCCAAAUCUUAUUAUUACUUGAAAUAUUUAAAUGAACCAAUCAUCCCCACGUUUUCAAGGUGGAAUGUUCCAUUACAUUCAGUCUGGUCAUUCCAAAGAGGACAACAGGGUUGGAAGUGUUAUUAGAAAUACACAACACAAUCUUGUUAUGUCGUUUAAAUUACACAACACGAACCUUGUCAUGUCUUUCAUGACAUGAUCAGAUUUAUCGUGGCCUGACCGAAAUCAUGACAUUUAAGUCUUAUGAACAGCGCUGUAUACCAUGUAUGAUAUUAUUUUACUGGAAUGUGAUAUGUUACGAAUCUAUUUAUAGAAACUUGCUUGAGCAAAUGAUAAAAUCAUGACCAAUGGAAACCUUUAACAAAACGCCAAGCAUUGUCGGUAAAUGUAAUAAGUUGGGGCAUGGUAGGUACGUUGUUGUGGUUUCUAGUCCCAGUUUGUAAACAUUCCUCAACUUCGAAGAAAUUCUUGACUUUAUCUUUCCAUGGGAAAGUAAAACAUAGCUGGAGUAAGGGAAAUGAAUUUCUGUAAGUUAAGGAAUGUCAGGAAACUGGAUCGCGGACACUACAGUAAAGAAACCAGUGUUUGGGACACUUUUCCGGUGUGUCUUGUCCGUACCGUAAUGAUCCUGAUUUAAUUGUCGAGGCUUUCCCUAACGGUGUUGUGUUAUACCGAUUACAGUCCUCGCCUAAUGAUCUCACGUUGAUGGAAAUGUAUAGCUCACUUUUUAUUAUUACUAUUCCUUCUUUUUCAUCCAUGAUAUGUCGUUUAUUUUAUUUCUUAUUUGUGUUUGACUAAUGUAUUCUUAAUGAUGAGAAUGUAUACAAUAAUACCUUACUUAUUAUUUUUUGUCCAAGUGUGUAUGUUAUAAUGAUAUGUGGUUUGCAAAUGUACAUAUUGAUUAGAAAAAAUCAAAAACAGGAAGGUGAUUCCAACUCUCAAUUCUUUAACUCGUUCACCCCUGAAAUUUCAUAAUGAACUAUUCCAACCUUUGAAUUGGAGGAGUUCACAUGUGUCUUCAGGGGUGAAUGAGUUAACUAACAGUUUUAUAUAUUUAUUAUUUUCUUCCAAUCAGACAAUAUAUGCAUGUCGGAAAUAUCCAGUGUGUUUUAAAAAUGCCUGUGCUCUAAGCCAUUAUGUGUAGCAUGCAUUUUUUUCAUUUCUAUAAAAACUGGUACACAAAAGCAGCAACUGCAUUAAGUGUUCUACGGUUGUCGCUUGAAAAGAUGUAAAUACUAGGUAUUGAAAUACGUAAUUUGAUGAUAAGUAUCCAUGCUUUGGUUGUAUUUUACAUAGUACAUCAACUUCGGUAUUCAAGAAAGAAAAUGUCCAUGUUCUUUGGACAGUAAGCAUCUUCUAACACCAUAUUAUAUGCCAGUAUUUUUUUAGCGUGAGAAACAAAUCUUUCUUGUUUAACAAGUAGACCUUUUUCUUUCCAUGAAUAGAGAUGAAAGUAAUGAUUUCUUACUUUCUGCUUUCUGUAUGUCAGAACAUCUCAGGGAAAAUGUACUGCAAACUGUCGCCCCAACAGGCCUCUCCACACCCACACCACAGUAUCAAACUAGGAAUAGCGAUAUUUUAUUGUACAUUUUUAUGUUCUUUAAGAACGAUCAGCUGCGAGGGUUACCUCGUUUGUAGAUGGUUGGUUUAUCGGUAUGAAUGCUGCCAGUAUCCUAUGCAUUAUAAUACCACUUCCUUGGUCUAAAUGGUAAUGUCUACAUCCAUAUUUUUACAUUUCUACCCCGAUUAUGUGUUGGUACCCAGCCGUCUUACACGGUGGUAGUGUGUUAUUUGUACUCGGUAAAUGGUUGUACAAUUGAGUGUUCUUAUACUGCAGGAGUUACAUGUUUUAAAAAGAUAAUCAAAGUUUUUGUACAUUCAAUAUUUCGUCUUUGUUUAGAAGGAGAUUUUUUGCCAGUUCAUCAGGGUUCCAAUGAAAUUUGCCCAAUCACAUGCAUUUAAUUGUGUAUAGUUGCCAUGACAACAACCUAUUGUUGAGUUUCACUUAGCAUGACCAACCAUCGACCAAUUGGUGAACCACCAAUGAAUCAGCCGGCUCUCGGAGCAGAUGUAAGUGGCUGUUCCGUUAAUACCUCGUCACUUCAGCGGCGAGUGAUUUUGAUGGAAAGCAUGUUGGUGGUUAACGGAACAGCCAAUUAAAGAGCUGUUUGAGCCGGCAGUUCUUGUUAACUUUUUAGGAUGUUUUUUUUUACACACGGGUGCAUUCCAUAUAGCUGGUAACGCACUGCCCUUUUGCCAGAAAAGUAAACUACACAAUGAUGUCGUUCAAUAUACAUUAUCUUUUUUGUUGGUUUUUUUCCCCUGGUACUUUUAUAACACAAGAAAUAUAUGUUUGUUUCUAUAUCAAAUAUGUGUGUGUUUCUGUGUUUAUAGCGACCGGUAGAUUUUAAUUUAUUCCAUAGUUGUGUUUGUAUGUUGGUGUAAGAUGUUUUUGUCAUUGCAAUCCUUUUGAUCGAGUGUACGCUUGACCUUGUGAAACGCCAAACCCUAUACACUACAAAUGUGGUGCAAAUUAUAAAAGGAAAUCCCAUCUCUGAAAGCUGUUAAUUCAAGUUACCCUUCUUUCAUUAAUUCUGAUAUUCAGCACAGAUAUGAACAAUGAUAUGCUCUAUUGGCCAUUUCAGAUAUGGGAUUUUUCUGUAGAACUCGCUGGAGAAUACGAAGUUAGUGAAGAGUUCAUUAUGAGAUCAAAUGACAAAGGUUCAAAGAAAAGUGACAAUGUAAAGAAAGGGUGUAGCAUUUUCAAAUACAAAAUUUAGAUAGCGUUUUGUCCGAGUCACUACCACAUUGUUUCGUGUUCAGGGGAGACAACUCUUAGUCUCGGCAACAUUGAGACAAUAUAUAUAUAUACAUACACAUACCUAUAUAUUAUUAACAGUUGUACAGUUUUUAUGUAAAUGAGCAAAGGUCAUUCCACAAAUCAAUGUGUACAAAGUCUUGUAAAUCUGAUAUUUUUGUCAAUGGAAUGUUUCUAAAUAUGCGUGUUUGUACAGUGUCGGGUUUAAUGACUUGGUGAGUUUGUGUUUGCAUGAAGAGAAACAGGCUUUGGCGUCCAAUUCCUUACAAUGAUGUUCCCCAAAAAAUAAACUGCAGUCAACUUGCACCAAGUUAUAUAUAGAUAAUGGUGCUUCUAUUACAGAUCAAAUUAAACAUGGAAAAUUUCAUUAAAAAAAAAUUCAGGGCCAAGAGGUUGAAAGACUGACAAACUAAAUUAUAAAAAAAAAUAUUAAUGAAGUAUACUUUUAAAAGAUCAGGUUUAGAACUAAAAAUUCUAUAUGUAGGAUUUCAGAAUGACAAUCUGGAGGAAAGAAAAAUAAAAGUUAUGUAAAUUUUCAGAUAUUUCUCCAAAACUGAUUUUUGAAAAUUUUGCAUUGAUGUCUCCUUAAGACUUCAAGUAAAUACUGAAUAUUCAUUAGAACAUCUCAGGAAUUGGAAACCAUGCCUAGGGGUAAAUGAUGGUGUUAUAUAUAUAUGGUGAUAUAGUGUAGAUACAGGGGAGGUAACUCUCCCAAUGUUUAGACAAAGCUUUGAUGUCGGUGUGAACAUUAUAUUGAAUGUGUUUACUAUUUGUGUAAGGGCAGGUAACUCUGACCUUUCCGACAAAUCCCAUCCAUUCUCCAUGUAGUGAGAACAACACGGCCACAGGUCUAGUAAUCUCAAAAUUAUUUGGUGUUGCAAAAAUGUUAUGAUCAUUAAUAUUUUCCUUUUUUCCUCUUACAUGUACUUGAAUGGCCGAUCUGGUCUAUUAGCGUGUGCAAUUUUUGUAUCAGAUGUAUAUAUAUAAAUAUGAACAGUAGUUGAUAUAAAGUGUCCCCGUUACAGUGUAAAAGUUUAUCAGACUUUUUAACUUGCCCCUUUAAAGUUGUCCAUAUUAUUGUUCAAAUUCAACAAAAUGAAUACAUUUUAUCCAGGUCAAAAGCAAUAUGAAUUUGACUGAAGCUUUGGGUAGUAGUGGGGGAUAUUUUGGCGGGAUGUAUUUUCCGCGUCUGUGUUUUAGUUCCCCAUUGUACACGUGACAUUCAGUGCCUUCCGUUCGUACCUCAGGUCCUGUACACUUGUUCCGUUGGCAAGUUUUAAAACCCAAACUUUUACCCAAAAAUCUGUUGACUAUUUUUUUUUUUUUUUUUUUUUCCGAUGACCAACAAAAAAUCUAUUUCUUCACUCCUGUGGAUCUGCAUGGUCAAUGUCUGUAGAAAUUGUCAGUGUUUUUUUGUCGCAUUAAUUAGCCAAAAUUGAUCGGCUAAUAGUAUACCUAUUAAUGAAUAUAUUGUCAUUAAAAGACAAAUUUUUUUUAUCAAAUUUUUUAAAACAAAGCAAGAGGGAAGUUGUUAGCUUGUUUGGUUGAAGAUAUUUGUUUUGUUUCUUGCUAGCUGGACACCGUUACGCAGGUUCUCCCAAUGUCGAGCCUUAAUUUCCUUGUAUCCGUGUGUUAGGAUGACCGUUGUCUUUAAAAUGAUAUCUGAUGUUUCACUGCAAGUUGUUUCAAACAACAGCCAGUGUUGGUAGCUGUUUGGAGCAGUGACACCCUGUGCCAUACAGGUGUAGGGUUUCACCAGACAGUAACCUCUGUAUGUGAACUUUGACCAGGGUUCACCUUUGACCUAUUGACCCCUGUGGCCUUUGAAUUAUUAUCUUGCCAGAGGUAUGCAAUGGGUUAGAAGGUUGUGUGGGUGAAUUUAUUUUGGCUGUACAAACUGCCGCCCCGCCCCCUGGGGUUGUAGGCCCGGGGGUCGGGGUUAUUUAUUGUUUGUCCAGGUCUGCCUAGUUGUAUUGCUAUAUAUGAUAUGUCUAUAUUUAGAUACGGUAGAACCCUAGCUUUUGUUAUGUUUUGCACAGAAUUUGCAAGUGAAGUGUCAGAAAGAGACAAAUUGUGUAUGUGAUGUCUAUUUACAUGUAUUUAUGAACGAAGUAAACUUUAAUAAAUGGACUAAAACCUGAAAAAUAAAC